CAUGGCAGUCCUCAUUACCAUGGGCCAUCAUGGCCAUAUAAUCCGGCGGCUGGUCUGCCACAAGGUCACUUUCUUCCCUUUUGUUCCUCAUAUACUGUCUCCUUGCUCCGAAGAGUCGGCGAGGCAUUUCAUUUUCCUUUGGACUUUCAUUAUCUUCCUACCGCGUUUCCAUUGCCGUCAGAUCGAUCUGCAGGUCAGACCUUCGAGAAGUCGUCUAAUCUCUAUUUUGUAAUCGUCGUCGCCGCUGUCAAUCUUUCCUCAGGAUGAAGUACCUAUUCACCAUUGCCUGCCUGGCAGCCUCAGUACUGGCCUCACCGGCUCCUCCGAAGGGGACUUUCGAGUGGACCCCGACACUGGCGGGAUAUAUGGAUGUCGUCUUCAGCUACAUCCAGCAAGCCAAAUCAGGCGCCGCUUCACCCACAUGCGACCUCGCAAAGGCUGCAAUGCCUGUGGCACCCACUCCGUUACCGACCCCGUCUGGUCUCACUCUUCAGCAUGUGGCUCUGGGAAGAGGUGUACAGAACUAUACCUGUGCCAACGCGACCGCCACUCCAGCUGCGGUUGGAGCUGUCGCCCGCUUCUACAAUGUGUCCUGUGUCGCCUCCGACUGGCCUGACCUGUUGCCCAUCAUGCCCAAUCUGGCUCUGCAAUAUCCAUUGCCCGCAGAUCCCACUGGCGACCUAGAGCCAUCAAACUUGGUCCUGACGACCCACCACUACUUUGCCAACACGACCACACCUGUCUUCGCCUUUGACGCGCCCGAGUCGCCAGACUUUGGGAGGGUCUUUACUCAGAAAGUCAAUUCGUCCGAGGCUCCAACGAACUCGGUCGUGGGGCCCAAUGGUCAAGGCAAUGGUGCAGUGGCCUGGCUGUAUCUCACAUCUCGAGCAGAUACGGUCAGCGAGAUCAAGGCCGUCUACCGACUAAGCACAGCUGGAGGCAACCCCCCAGCAACAUGCCAAGGGCAGGAUUCAGCAUUCAGUGUCGACUAUUCCGCACUGUAUUGGUUCUAUUCGUGAAGGUUGGAAUAAAACAUCGAUUCUUGUUUCCUUCUUUCGUUUUCUUGAGGCGUUUUGUGUUCAUGUGGAUGGUGGUGUUUUGACAAAAGAUUUUCCAGGCUGCCAUUAGAGUCUUGAUCGACCCGAUAUACGAUCUCAAGUAAUGGAUAUCAUGGUAGUACAUACUCUGUAGGCGCAGACGAUUUCUUUCUUCUUCUCAACGACGACACUUUUCAGAAAUGAUGACAGUCAUCACCAAAUUUCAUUCCCAGAGGCUCUGGUAGCUUGAUAUUCACCUUCUGCCUAAUAAUACUCCUUAACGUUCUGUCGAACAAUCUGAGACAGUCAAUG